AUGACUGCCACUACGAAUAGGAGCACUCCCGGUGCAGACUCUCCUGCUCGGAUCACCGUUCUAAUUUCAGGCAGCGGCAGUAAUCUUCAAGCCUUAAUCGACGCACGCCACGCAUCGGCCUUACCGGAGGCUGAAAUUACGCAUGUGAUAUCAGACCGUAAAGACGCUUACGGCUUGAGGCGUGCUGAGGCGGUCGGGAUAAAGACGUCGUACCACGGUAUCGUGCCUUUCAAGAAGCAGUACCCGGACAGCUCUGAGAAGCCACAAUAUCAAGAGGCUCGACGAGCCUACGACGCUGAUCUCGCCAGACUGGUUAUUUCGGGAACGCCUGAUAUCGUUGUAUGCGCGGGGUUCAUGCGUAUCUUGACCACUGCUUUCCUCGAUCCAGUGAAGGCAGAAAACAUUCCCAUCAUCAACCUCCAUCCGUCGAAGCCUGGAGACCUCAUCGGAGCUGGUUGUAUCGAACGCGCCUGGGAUGAAUUCGAAGCUGAGAAGCGAACCGAGACUGGUAUUAUGAUCCACUACGUUAUCGAGGAAGUUGAUAUGGGAGAGCCGAUUGUGCGGGACCGAACAAAGACGACUCGAGCUUGGAUCUCGCCACAGCUUACGCACUACAACUUCAUCUCUCAGACACGAUUCAUUCGCAACCUAGGAAACAUAUUCACUACCCUCAUCAUGACUGUGGCAGAGCACAAACGUGUGGACAGCCUCACGGAGCCUGUGGAUGAGCGUACCGAAUAUGCGACAGCUAUAGCUCGCAGCCAGCCGGAUUGGGAAAGAAUGGCUGCUCACGCCAAUACUGGCACGCCCUACAUUGUACCUGAAGACGAGUUGCGCAUCUUGCAAGAUCCGAAGUUUGGACCAGACGAUUCAGAGUGGCGAGAUUUACCCGUGCGUGUCACGCUUACGCAAGCACAUCUUUUGCUUAAGCACGCGGCUGGUCAGCGUCUUACAUGGGCGCAGAUGGCUGCUCGACAACGGCUACUGGAAGCGCAUAGAUCGCCACACGGGACGAGGUCGCCGGGCCUGUUGAUCAAAAUGGUCAAUGAUCUUGAUACGAUCCUGUUCGGUGGUGCACUCCGAAAUAGGAUACUUGUGCACUGGAUCAACAUGAGCACAUAUACUCGAAGGCUCGACACACUCAGAUCAGCCCACGAGAAGCCUUUGGCAACUGUUCUUGCCACUACGGUCGUGCCGCCGAAGCGCUUAAGUCAGAGCGUGCGCCCGGCUAUAUACCUCAGUGCGGAGAUCAUGUGCUAUGCUUCCGAAAGCAAGGUCCAACCUCUUGCUUUACUCAUACACGAGAUGCUACAUGCAUACCUUGGUAUCUUGGUGCGACCAGACCUAGAAAGUGCCACGAAGGAGGAUGAGAAGAAGGAAAACGAAGUCGAUGACUUCGGCAAGGCGCUGACUGACCACGAUGCAGAAUUCGAAGCAAGUUGUGAAGUCCUUGCCGCUAAGCUCGGCUCUCCUUUCCUCAAGCUUACGGGCAGAAACAUAUUGCGUUACUAUGAUGGGCCCAGCACCCUCAUACAGCUUCGUGAUGUGGAGAAGCGGGAGCAUGUGCGGAUGGCAGAUGGGCUUUUGCAUCAUAUUCUGCCUCGACAUUUGAUGCCGCGAGGACCGACUAGCUAUGCCCCUAAAUUACCUUGA